GCGAGAGGCUCAACGACGAGAGGAGGUGGGAGGGUGGGAGAGAGGAACGGUUUGCUGACCCUUGUUGGUUUAAAACACCCAAGCUGUGAAGUCUGCUCGGCCAAGAAGCGCGGGGGUGUUUUGUAUGGAUGGUUUGGUUUAUGCGGGAGAGCUUCCUCGAAACCUCAGGCAGGCAGGUAUUGUGCGCAGGACGGGCCGUUCCUUCCCUCCCAUGACGAUGGUGCCACUUUCGAAAUCCGAGGCCUUUUCCUGCUGUUUUCGGACGCGACCUUGUUUCAUUCUUUCCUGCUCCUGCAGACUCCAGCCUGUCUCGGUGCUUCCGUCCCGGAAGGGGCCUGUGGGGGGCUCCACAGACCCCCGAUGGGGCCCGAAUCUUCGUCCCAAAACGAGGGUCGCUUCCAUUUGCAGCUUCACCUCCUUCUCUUUCCCCAUCCCCCGUUUCCUCCUGUUGCAAUUACUCCACACAAGUCGCGCAGCAAGCACGCAACCGCGACGAUCGACGUCGCAUGUUGGGGGCUUCAACUGGCUCGAUGCUGCGUCUGCAUGCGCUGCGACGUUGUAUCUCAGCCUAUGGCCGACCUUGACGUGCUUGACUUGUUCCUCCAGGGCCAGCGCGGGGGACCCCCAGCCGCUUGUCGCACCCCGGAAGCCGUCCAACUCGAGCUGUCAUGCCCGCGCCCGGCAUACGGGACCGGGGGUUGCGGGCCAUGGACCGGGGCACCGUGACGACCCAAGCCUGGUACGGCAGGCGACGUCCAAUGAUGAGCGUCCAGGUCCCAAGCAAAUGCCAGUGAGUGUUGCACUCGGCCGAGGACAUGACGAACACGCACGGGCUGGUGCAUCGCGGCUCUGUUCUGCAGCAUGUGAGGGCUGCAUUGUGCAGGAGGCUGAUCGGCACGGCGGCACAUAUCGGGACGCCGACUCGACUCCCAACCAAAUCGUCAUGUCAGCGCAUCGAUUUCUGAGUCCCUUCGUGGACCUCGCCGGCCCGGUGCCGUGGGGGUCAUAUGACAACACAGCGCCUGCCCGUUAACCGCUCUGUUUAUCGGCAAAAGUGAGGAUGGAGACGAAGGGCUCAAAAUAGCACGCGCCUGCGAGGUUGACUGUUGCAAGAAUCCAUAUAUUGGCGCCCUUCCAUCCAGUAUCGUGGUUAAUAAUCU